AAAGAGGGUGACAACGAAAGAUUUUUUUUUUUAAAAAAAUGGGCCUAUUCCUCUCCAUUCCCUCCAUUCCCUCCAUUCUCACCUCUUCCUUUUUCACCACAGCCUGAUAAGUAAAUAACCUAAUAAAAUAUGUUUCGCUCAGUUCUCGCACGGAUCCCACGGCCCCGGCUGCUGGCGCAGCCGCGGGUCGCGUCCCAGCGGUGGUACCAAAUCGGGCCUAACUCGGCGCGUCCCGGCAUGGUCAUUGACCUCAACGGCAGCCCACAAAUCGUCGUAGCCAAGGACCAUGGCGGCACAGGCCGCGGCCAAGCCGUAAUUAAACUAACGCUCAAACAUGCCGUCACAGGGUCCAAAUCCCAAGAACGGUUCCGCGGCAACGACUCACUCGAGGUAAUGCUUCUGAUCCAAAAAGAGUACCAGUUCCUUUACGCCGACGGCAACCAAGCGCACCUCAUGGACAUGCAGACGUUUGAGGAGCUGACGAUGGAUAUGGAGAGUUUUGAGGGCGAUAAGGAGAAACUGGCAUUCUUGGAAGAUGGCAUGGGGGUGACUGUGCAGGUGUUGGAGCCGCAGCCGGGCCCUAUUUCGUGGAGGCUGCCGGCGAGGCACACGUAUAAAGUGCGCGAGGUCGAGGUGAGACUGGCCAGGGAUAAGGGCGCGACGUAUGUAUGGGGUACUAUGGAUAAUGGCGCCAAAGUCAUGGUCCCGGACUUUAUCAAGCCUGGCGAGGACAUUAUAGUUGAUCUUCUCGAUAAGAUCACGUACAUUGGCAGGGCCUGAUUCGCAACCUAAAAAUAAAGAUUUGAAUAUAUGCGCAGCUUGUCGAGCAACAAGACACUUCUUUGGGAUUAUCCGUUUGUGAGAAGAAAAGCAAAACAAAAAAUGAACAAUGCACAACGCACUGUUUGCUUUUGUUGUAUUCUCUGCUGUUUCGUUACUGCUUUGGCUGUGUGUGGCUGUUGGCAGGACGAGGGCGGGGCAAGGCGUUCAACAUACUUUGUCACUGAACCCGUUGCAGCGCCCGCUCACCUCUUUUUACUUUUCUCCUAUUCUU